UUUUCCCGCCGAUAUUAGCCGAAUUUACACGAAAGUUAUCUUCCGGUGAGCGUUGGUCUCUGUAUAGCAUGUUUAUCUCAGGGAAAAGAAGACUUUAUUUCUGAAGUAAGAAACCUGAAUACAAAUCAUGGUCAUAAAAGAUAACCUAUGGUAUGCUAGUUAACAUCCUAUAACAUUAAGAGCAGUUCAAUCCCAGUCUGUGAUGGAGAACACGAAGGCAGCAGUCAAUGGGGGGUGUACCUCCCCCUCCUUCAGGCAUCACCUCCCCCAGGUGGCCAAUCUAACCCGGAACAGCAAGAUAGCCCAGAGUAAGGCCGGCGCCAAGGUGGAGCCCGUCAAAGACGAAGCCACACUGGUGGUGGAGGACACAGGGAAAGUGGUCAAGAUCGAGAUCAUGGAAAACGCAUCAGGUGAACAAGAAAGACCUCUUGUACACCCAAAAGAACGAGCUAAAGCUGAGGCAAGAUCCCAGAUCAAGAUCGAAAAGGAACAGACAGCAAAGCAGGAGUCGGAUAGUAAUCCAGACCAGUCUGUGCAACAGGACCCACAGACAAACACUGGUGACAAGUCAGAGGCUUCAGGGGAAAGUGAGGCCAAAAGCUCAAGUACAUUAACAAAGAAAGCAGAAACUAAACAGAGUACGCCAGUGAGAACAAAACAAGUGAAAGAGAAAUCAGGAAAUUAUAAAAACAUAUUCGAAGUGACAAGUGUGGAAGGGAAGAGACAAAGGAAGCCCAAAGUUGUGAUUGACAUGGAGGAAUUGUCAAAAGGAGAUAAAUCGUCCAGCAGAAACACUAGUCUCAGUGGUGGUGAUUUGGACGUUUCGCUGGAGCCAGAAGUGAACAAAUCGACGACAUUUACAUCUCCCGUGGUGGAGAAACCGGCAGAGUGGAAGAUGGGUGACCAGUUGUGGGCGAAGGUGGCUGGACAUCCCUGGUGGCCGUGUAUGGUGGCCAAGGAUCCUUACGAAGAUCUUUACACCAAAAUGAAAGCAAGAAGCAGACUCUACCACGUCACAUUUUUUGGAAACGAAGGAGAACGGGGAUGGGCGGGGUCGAACUCAAUAAUGGAAUUCAAAGGAAAGGACAAAUAUGAUGAGCAUGUGAAACAGGCAUUUCUUAAUGCUAAAAAGGGUGAAAAAUUAAAACUUGAAAAACUCUAUAGAGAGUAUCCAAAUCGCCAGGCAGCUUGGCUAAUUGCCAUCCAUCAAGCGGAGGAAGCAAUGACAAUGUCUGUGGAGGAACGUGUGGAAAAAUUCAAAUGUGUGUGCACGCCCGAAAAGAAAAAGAAAAAAAGCACAGACAGUGGUAACGACAAUAAACAAGUCAAGUCCCCGAAAGGUAAAUCCAAGGAGAGAAUUCAGAAACGGAAGCGACAGUCAUCAGAACAAGUGAAGUCCUCUCCAGCUCCGAGCCCUGCAGCAAAACCUAGCUCCAAGCGACGAAGACUGGACGAAGGUUCUUCCCAUAAAGACAAGAAAUCGGAAGGUUCUUUUGAAGUGUUCUGCAGCAAACACAGGGACAGCAUGAUGGCAGACCAUCCUGAAUUUGAUGAAGCUACGCUCAACGAGUGCCUGCAGCAGCAAUGGCUGAUGAUGAGCCAGAAACAGAAGUCCCGAUACAAAUCCAAGCUCCAAGACACCCCAAAAGAGCCUGUUAUAUCCAAGGUAGCAGAGAGGAAAAUGUCCCCAACAGAGGAGGAAGAUGAAGAUUCGGAAAAGGAAACAAAAAUAGUUGCAAAAUUAAAGUUGAAGAGAGAAAAAUCCACAAGUGAUGAAAGUUCAUCAGAUAAUCAGGAGGAAGAAAAGAACUCUUUGUGUAAAAGUGCGAGGUACCUGUGCCAGGUGUGUGAAGAUAAUGGCGACCUGAUGGAGUGUGAGGGUGAAUGCCAUAAUUAUUUCCACAAGUCUUGUGUCAGUGAGAAUGUGGAGGAGCCGUUCAAAUGCGAGGAAUGUAAAUCAGGGGUUCACACAUGCUUUGCAUGCAAGGAGAAGGAUGAGAACACCAAGAAGUGUUCUGUUCAUUUAUGUGGGAAGUUUUACCACGAGAACUGCCUCAAUAAACUGAUGCACUCCAAGUCUGACAGCAACAAGGGCUUCGUGUGCCCCCUCCAUCAGUGUGCUACAUGCGCCAUCGAGAGCUCCAAGAAAACCAAGGCUAGCAAAGGUCGACUUCUCCGGUGUGUGCGAUGUCCGACAGCCUAUCACACUGGAGAUUUCUGUAUCGCCGCCGGGAGUGAAAAUCUCCCUGGACACAACAUUGUCUGCAGUAAACAUUUCCAGCCCAACCGCACUCAGAAAUACCACACCCACAUUAACGUCAGCUGGUGCUUCGUGUGUAACCUAGGCGGAUCUCUGAUUUGCUGUGACAGCUGUCCUGCCUCCUUCCAUGCAGAGUGUUUGAACAUCAACCCCCCAGAAGGCAAUUGGUACUGUAAUGACUGUGCCAUGGGUAAACAGCCUCUCUAUGGAGACAUUGUCUGGGUCAAACUGGGCAGUUAUAGAUGGUGGCCCUCUGAAAUCUGCCAUCCAAAGCGUGUACCUCACAACAUCCAGGAGAAGACUCACCAAGUGGGAGAAUUCCCAGUGCAUUUCUUUGGAACUAAUGACUAUUUUUGGAUCCAUAAAGGAAGAGCAUUUGGAUUUCAAGAUGGUGACAAAUAUAGCAAAGAAACUUCAAAGAAUAAACAUCUAGCUAAGAUUUUUGCAAGAGGAGUGCAAGAGGCAACUGAAGCAUUUCAGGCCCUGAAAGCCUUACGAGCUGACAAAGAAAAAAUGUUUAUUGAGAGGAGUGAGAAAAAGCCAGCUCCUUUUAAGUUUGUAAAGAAUAACAUUCCAGUUGGAAGUGUGGUAAUUCCCAAACCAGACUUGACCAGCAUUCCUCGGUGCGAAUGUGACCCAAAUUCGGAAGCUCCGUGCAGCAGUGACACGGACUGCCUGAACCGCAUGCUGAUGUAUGAGUGUCACCCGAGCGUUUGUCAGUGCGGAGAGAAAUGUCACAACCAGCGAUUCCAGAGGCGUGAAUACCCAGACUGUACUCCGUUCAAAACGGAGGGCAGAGGCUGGGGAUUGAGAACCAAUGUGGACAUUAAAAAGGGACAGUUUGUGCACGAGUAUGUAGGAGAGCUUAUUGAUGAAGAGGAAGUCAAAAGGAGGAUAGACGAAUCCCAUGAAAAUAACAUCAGCAACUAUUAUAUGCUCACACUGGAUAAAAACAGAGUAAUUGAUGCGGGACCGAAGGGAAAUCUGUCCAGAUUCAUGAACCACAGCUGUGCUCCCAACUGUGAAACUCAAAAGUGGACCGCCAAUGGGGACGUCAGAGUCGGAUUAUUUGCAAUUUAUGAUAUUCCUGCAGGUACUGAGUUGACAUUUAACUACAACCUGGAGUGCCUAGGAAAUGAUAAAACCAAGUGCAACUGUGGAGCUGAAUUAUGCAGUGGCUUCUUGGGUGUACGACCCAAGUCUGCUGUGGCUGCUUCAGUGGCUAAAGGCAAGAAAAAGGAUGAGAAGAAGAAGAGGAAGAGGAAUAAGAAGAAGAUUGACGGGAAGAAGGAGCACGAUGAUGAGUGUUUCCGCUGUGGUGAGGGCGGGGAGCUGGUGAUGUGUGACCGCGGAGGCUGUCCCAAGGUCUACCACCUCCACUGUCUGAAGCUGUCCAAACCUCCACACGGUAAAUGGGACUGCCCUUGGCAUCAUUGCGAUGAGUGCGGAAAACCGGCCAUAACCAUGUGUACGGAGUGUCCCAACUCGUUCUGUGCCACCCACACAGAGGGCCACAUCAAGGAGGUGGAUGGGGUGGCGGUCUGCAGCGAACAUGAUGAGGUCAGCUCAAGUGGUGCAUCCUCUGACGCUCAGUCUGAUGACGGUGGGGAGGACAGUAACGGACAAGCCCGCACCAAGGCCAUCCUCAAGGAAAACCUGAUCAGGAAGCGCAACCUCAACACCAAACAGGAAGAGGAGGCAGGCGCCGGUGGAAGCAAGAAGCCCCGCAAACAGAGUGUCGGAGAAUCCAAGAAAGGGGAGGGUAAAAGAGGGAAGUCGGCCGGGGGGAACCUCCUGGCUGUGGUUCCAAUGUUUGAUGACAGUGACGAGGGGUCGGACGAUCUGGUCAUAGAUAUUCCAGCUGUCCCGUUGUAAAGUGUGCAUUAUGUUUAGCUUCAUACUUCAUUUAUUAUCACGUGUUAUUUUAUCGUUAACUGUAGAUAGAAUUAGGAUACCAUUUUACUGAUAUAAAUGCGAAUGCCUUUUGUCAUUUUCUCACAUCUUUAAAAUUUAUUGAUUUAAUACAUUGGGGGACUUGCAUUUAGUAUGAAUUUUAUUUUUAAACAUGUGACCUAUUUUUUUUUAGCAUGUAUUGUUUCUGUACAUUGAUUGAAGUGUCAUAGCAUGCAGAUCAGACUUGACAUGAACUCUUGAAUGUCGUUCAUUGAAUUAUAUUUAAUAUCUUGAAUGUUUGGGAGAUGUGUAAAGUUAAAUAUCAGAAUGUUUUUAUUUUAUGUUAUUGUACAUUCUACGUCUUAUUUAGUGUCUCUAAAAUAAUUGUUUAUUGAGUGCAAUUUUAGAUUGUUCCAGCGAGAUCAUUUUGAUGAUCAUGUAAUUAGCUGUACCCUAUCAUUUUGUAAGUGUAAAAUCAUGGAAAACACUAAACAUCUUCUUUUGCAAUCUGUGGGGUGUUCUUGAUACCAGGAUGGUACACAUUAUAAAUGUUGGAUCACUGCAUGUCAUUUUGGGGUGGUAUGUGAACUUUGACCCCUGUUUUCUGCAGGAGGGCAGCGCAUGUUAUGUAUCAUGACACUAUAACAAUUUAUACAUAUAUAUGAAUAUAUUCGUGUUACAAAGUAUUUUGCAUUUGAUCAUUACUGUGUGAGAAAUUUGUUUUUAACUCAUUUUAUGAUGUAAAGAAUGAAGUUGUUUUAACCAUCGUAAAAAUAGAAUUUAUAAAAGAAAGAAAAAUUAUUUUACUUCUCAUCUUUUCGAAAAAAUUAUACUUGUCAAGAGUUUUAGAAAAUAAAGUGCGUGAAAGAGAUGGGAAAUAAAAUCCUAUACAUGUACAGUAGGUAUCUUGAUGUCUAAUUUAUUAUGUACCUGUACAUUGUGUGUACUGUAUGUAAAUAAAAGUCUCGCACUCUUA